UCGACGACGCAGUUUAGGCGCCAUUUACAAGAUACAGUUUUCAAAUGGAAAAGCGGCUCGCAAUGAUACGGAGCUGAAUUUGGUGGAUUAUAUUUGUCGAAUUUUUUGGAUUUUCUGACGCUUUGUUGGAUUUGCAGUCGGGACAGAAAAGAGGACUUCUGAAGGACCGCGUGUAUAACUUAGAAGAUUUCAUAUCAUGCCAUCUAAAACAGCAAAAAGUUCAACUGCCUCUAAAAGGGAGCCAAAAGGGAAAGGGCUGCAGCCUCGGGAUGACUCUGAGGGAGAGCUGGAUGUACCCCCCCAAGAAAGCCAGUCUAAUGGCCAAGAAGAGGCACCCCCGACAACUGAUCCGUCUCAGGGGGAAGCUACUGAGGCGGCAGAUAACCGAAGUUUGGAGGAGAUCCUCGCCAGCAUCCCUCCACCACCGCCCCCAGCAAUGACCAAUGAACCAGGCGCUCCGCGCCUAAUGAUAACACAUUUAGUUAAUCGCAAUUUUAAGUCAUACGCAGGGGAGCAGAUUUUGGGGCCUUUUCAUAAGCGCUUUUCCUGCAUCAUUGGUCCCAAUGGAAGUGGAAAGUCCAAUGUGAUAGAUUCAAUGCUCUUUGUGUUUGGAUACAGAGCUCAAAAGAUCAGAUCGAAAAAGCUCUCAGUUCUGAUUCACAGUUCUGAUAAGCACAAGGAUGUGCAAAGCUGUACUGUUGAAGUGCAUUUUCAAAAGAUUAUUGAUAAGGAGGGAGAUGACUACGAAGUCAUACCCAACAGCAAGUUCUAUGUUUCCAGAACUGCCAACAAAGACAAUUCCUCUUACUACAAUAUCAAUGGCAAAAGGGCUACAUUCAAAGAAGUUGGCACUUUGCUCAGGAGCCAUGGUAUUGACCUGGACCACAACAGAUUUUUGAUCUUACAGGGUGAGGUGGAGCAGAUUGCCAUGAUGAAGCCAAAAGGUCAAACGGAGCAUGAUGAGGGGAUGCUUGAGUACUUGGAGGAUAUUAUCGGUUCGUGUCGUCUCAAAGAACCAAUCCAAACACUGUCUCGCAGAAUUGAGCUUCUCAAUGAGCAAAGGGGAGAAAAGCUCAAUCGUGUAAAACUGGUAGAAAAGGAGAAAAAUGCUUUAGAAGGGGAAAAGAAUAAAGCGGUAGAGUUCCUGACUUUGGAAAAUGAGAUCUUCCGAAACAAGAGUCAUCUCAACCAGUACUACGUUCAUGAUCUGCAAAAACGUGUGGUGGAUAAAGAGCAGGAAAAGCAGAAGAUCUUGGAGGAAACAAAGGAGCUGACAGAAAAAAAUGCUAAGCUAUCAGAGGAGAUUGAAAAAAUGAAUCAAGAGCUGAAAAAUGUGGAGAUGAAACAAAGUAAGAUCAACAAGUACAUUGAGACCCAGAAGGAAAAGUUCACCCAGCUGGACUUGCAGGAUGUUGAAGUGCGUGAGAAGAUUAAACACUCCAAGAGCAAGAACAAGGCCCUGCAGAAGCAGCUGGAAAAAGACCAGAAAAAGCUGGAGGAAGUUCGAGGUAUACCAGCUAGCAGUGAGCAAGCUAUCGCUGAAGCUACAGCCCGCAAAGAAGACCUGGAGAAGCAGAAGGCGAAAGAAGAAGAAAAACUGAAAGAAGUGAUGGAAAGCCUGAAGGAAGAGACGAGUGGAUUGCAGCAAGACAAAGAGAAAAAAGAGAAAGAGCUCAUGGAACUUAGCAAGGCAGUAAAUGAGACUCGGUCUCAAAUGGACCUUGCUCAAUCCGAACUAGACAUCUACCUUAGCCGCCAUAAAACGGCUCUGAGUCAGCUUAAUGCAGCUAAGCAGACGCUCCAGACGACCUCCGAUACGCUGCAGGAGCGCCGACCUGCCAUCAAAGACCUGCAGGUCCAAAUCCCCCUGAAGGAGCAGGAGCUAAAGAAGGACCAGGAAGAGUUGGAGCAACUCAUGAAGGUGGAUAAUGACACCAGGCAUGUGGUACGAGAAUUACGGCAAAAGGUGGAUGAAGCCAAGAGCUCUCUUUCCUCCAAUCGCAGUCGAGGAAAAGUAUUGGAUGCUCUAAUGCAACUCAAGAGGAGUGGCAAAAUUCCAGGCAUUUACGGAAGAUUGGGUGAUCUUGGAGCAAUAGAUGAGAAAUAUGAUGUGGCCAUCUCCUCCUGCUGUGGUGCCCUGGACAACAUAGUGGUGGAUACGAUCGACACCGCUCAGAAAUGUGUCACUUUCCUCAAAGAACAGAAUAUUGGAGUAGCCACUUUCAUCGGUCUUGACAAGAUGAAGGUAUGGGAGAAAAACAUGGCUCCCAUCCGCACGCCAGAGAACAGCCCGCGUCUCUUUGACAUGGUGAAAGUUAACGAUGAGGGCGUCAGACCAGCUUUCUACUUUGCCCUGCGGGACACCCUGGUAGCUCAAGACAUGGAGCAGGCAACUAGAAUGGCUUUCCAGAAGGACAAACGCUGGAGGGUGGUCACGCUGAAGGGACAGAUCAUUGAGAUGGCAGGAACAAUGACUGGAGGCGGGAGAGUCUUAAAAGGCAGGAUGGGAUCUUCUAUUGGCACAGAGGUCUCCCAGGAUGAGCUUGACCGUAUGGAGAGCAAGCUGAAUGAGAAAGUGUCAAAGCUGCAGGGCUGCCAAGAGAGAAGGCUGCAGUUGGAGGAGAAUGUCCAACGCCUUCAGCCUCAGCUCAGAGAGAUGAAGAACACACUGGAAAAAUACACCAACAGCAUGAGCAGUCUGGCUGACCAGGAGACUCACUUAAAACUUCAGCUUAAGGAGCUUGAAGCCAACGUGCUGGCAGCUGCCCCAGACAAAGCCAAGCAGAAACAGAUGGAGAAGAGCCUGGAGGCAUUCAAGAAAGACUUUGAGUCAGCCUCCAAUAAGGCCGGAAAGGUGGAAAACGAGGUAAAAAGACUCCACAACUUGAUUGUAGACAUCAACAGCCACAAACUGAAAGCCCAGCAGGAUAAACUUGACAAGAUCAACAAAGAGUUAGAUGACUGCUCCUCAAUCAUCACCAAGGCCAAAGUGGCCAUAAAGACAGCUGAUCGAAACUUGAAAAAGUCUGAGGAGAGCGUUUCCAGAAUCCAAGGGGAGCUGGAGGAGAAUGAGAAGCUGAUGACUGAGCUCACAGAAAAACUGAAGAAACUAGAAGAUGAGGCCGGGGAGAUCAUGAAAGCCUGUCAUGAAGCAGAGGCAGCUCUUCCUGAGGUGCGGGAGCAGUAUGAGAACGUCUCCAAGGAGAUAAAGGCCCUGCAGCAGCAGGAGCACGCAUUGCAAGAGGAGUCUCUCAACGUCCGACUUUCCAUCGAGCAGAUAGACGCCACCAUCACAAAGCACAACAGCAAGAUCAAGUUCUGGCAGGAUGAGAAUGCCAAGCUGUCCCUUCACACCAUUGAAGACCAACCAGCAGAAGAGCUCCGUGUCUUUCCCCCUGCUGAGCUGGAAGCGAUCCCAGAUCCAAACAUCCUUGUCAACAAGAUUAGCACGUUGGAGAACCAGUGCAGACAGAUGAAGCCCAAUCUAGGAGCUAUUGCAGAGUACAUGAAGAAGGAGGAGCUGUACCUGCAGCGUGUCGCCCAGCUGGACGAGAUCACAGCAGAGAGGGACAGGUUCAAACACGCCUACGAAGACCUCCGUAAACAGAGGCUUAACGAGUUCAUGACCGGGUUCAACAUGAUCACCAACAAGUUGAAGGAGAACUACCAGAUGCUGACGCUGGGUGGGGAUGCAGAGCUGGAGCUGGUGGACAGCUUGGAUCCCUUCUCUGAGGGAAUCAUGUUCAGUGUUCGUCCUCCGAAGAAAAGCUGGAAAAAGAUCUUUAACCUGUCAGGAGGAGAAAAGACCCUCAGCUCUCUGGCUUUGGUUUUCGCUCUUCAUCACUAUAAACCCACCCCACUCUACUUCAUGGACGAGAUAGAUGCUGCUCUGGACUUCAAGAACGUCUCCAUCGUUGCCUGUUACAUUUAUGAACAAACAAAGAAUGCUCAGUUCAUCAUCAUCUCGUUGAGGAACAACAUGUUUGAGAUCGCAGAUCGCCUCAUCGGCAUCUACAAAACACACAACACAACCAAAAGUGUGGGAAUCAACCCAAAGACCAUUGUGUUUAGAGAACAUGAUGCUAUAACUGCAUAAAACCCAACUUUCGUUUUUUUUUUUACUUUUUUCAUGAACCAUGUAAAUAUUGUCCUUU